GUUAGUAGUCUGAUUCCGUAGCCUGCACAACCAGCAAACAAACAAUUACCAACAUGAAAUUCGUCAUUGUUUUCGUCGCUCUCUUCGCUCUCGCCUAUGCUGCCCCAGCUGCUCCUGAAGCCGAAAUCGUUGAAUUGAGAUCCGAUGUCGACCCCGAGAAAUACAGCUUCGCCUUGAAGACCAGCGAUGGUACAUCAAAGGAUGAAGAAGGUCAUUUGGUCAAUGUUGGUGCUGACGAUGAACACAUUGUUGCCCAUGGUUCUUACUCUUUCGUCGCUGAUGAUGGUCAAACCUACACCGUCACCUAUGUUGCUGAUGAAAACGGUUUCCAACCACAAGGUGCCCAUUUGCCCGUUGCCCCUGAGGCAUAAGCCAACUUCUUUUAGCGAAGUGUAUUUCCUUGGGACUGUUGUUAGCGUUUAGGUGUGAUGUUGAAAUAAAAAAGAUAUUACUUAAAAAUCCAAAA